AAGAGAAGGAGCGAGGAGGAAGAGGAGGGAGGAGAGACGGUGACGGAUGGAGAGGGGAGCGCAGAUGGAGGAGCUGACCUCCGGGGCCAGCGGCCGCAUCAUCCCCGUCUUCAGGAACAUACGGCGGUCCGUGUCGUCGCCGGCCUCCCUCCUCCGCGUGCUCCUCUUCCUGCACUCCUUCGUCUUGUGGUUCCUUCUUUUUCUCCGCCGCGGGGGCCCGUUCACAUCGAAGACCGCGUCGGCGGCGGCUUCUGCGGCCUCCCCGCGGCGGCGCACGUGUGGUGGGAGGUGGUCGAGAGCCGCGGAGGAGGAGGACGUGCGCCGGCGGAGGGAACUUGCCGAGGAGGUGGUGAUGGUGCCCCCCGUGGAGGAGGCCGACGAGGGUGGUGCGUGCCGCUGGGAGACGUUUGUGUUCAUGGGACCAAGAAGAAGCGCGCUUUUCUGCCGCUCGUGGCUGCCUGCCUCGGGGGAUCUGAGGGCAAUUGUGGUGAUAAUACAUGGUCUGAAUGAACACAGUGGAAGAUACUCACACUUCGCCAAACAGUUAAUGGCAUGCAACUUUGGAGUAUACGCGAUGGACUGGAUAGGCCACGGUGGCAGUGAUGGAUUGCAUGGAUAUGUACCUUCAUUAGAUUAUGUUGUCGAGGACACAGGAAAAUUCCUGGAGAAAAUCAAAUCAGAAUAUCCUGGUGUACCUUGUUUCCUUUUUGGCCACUCAACUGGUGGAGCUGUGGUUUUAAAGGCAGCUUCAUAUCCCUAUAUUGAGGCUAUGGUGGAAGGGAUAAUACUGACAUCCCCAGCACUCCGUGUAAAGCCAGCUCAUCCAAUAGUUGGGGUCGUGGCUCCAAUAGUUUCGCUUGUGCUCCCAAAGUUGCAAUUCAAGGGAGCUAACAAAAGGGGCAUUCCUGUGUCGAGGGAUCCAGCAGCUCUGUUGGCCAAGUACUCAGAUCCAUUAGUUUACACUGGGCCGAUAAGAGUUAGAACAGGCCAUGAGAUCCUGCGCAUCUCGUCCUACCUUAUGCAGAACAUGAAGCAUGUGACUGUACCUUUCUUAGUCCUGCAUGGGACUGCAGACAGAGUCACCGAUCCCAUGGCAACACAGGAUCUGUACAAUGUGGCUGCCUCGAGGCAGAAGGACAUAAAACUCUAUGAGGGGUUUCUACAUGACCUUCUAUUUGAGCCCGAGCGCAAUGAAGUUGGUGCAGACAUAAUCGGUUGGAUGCUGAGGAGGUUGGAGCAGCAAAGCUUAUGAACAUCCAAGUUCGUUGCUGAAAGCUACGGGUGACAGAAAACCGGCCAAAGGCAUGCAUGGUUGACAGUAGUGUCAUUUAUGCUUCAUUUCCCCCUUCUGAGAGAGAAGCGACUGGGUCUUGUCAUAAAGUAAAUGUCUUUGUAUGUAUGAUGAUGUUGUGAGGCAUGGAUCUAAUUGCAGGUCCUGACAUCCAAUAUUGUGACAGCUGAUCAAGUUUUGUAUAUGAAUUGUGGUUUUUAGUGAACCAUCUUGCUUGC